AAAUUAUAAUGUUUUGAUUUUUCGAAAACAUUAACGGCCUAUGUAUGUUUUAUUUUAUUUUAUGGGUAAAAUAUUGAUUAAAUAUAAAAAUGAAUGCCUUAAACGAGAUGAGUGAUGAAGAAUUCGUGCCAUUCUUGCAUAGUUUGGGCGUCGAUACUUACAAAAAGUCAUUUGAAUGGAUGUUGAAUGAUCGGGAUUUUGCGGGAGUUUUGCGCUGGCUACAUAAUAAUUUAGAUCAUAAUAAUGCUUUGAGUGCCCGUGAGGAAUGUCGAUACAUAGAACUAGAAAAGAAAGGUCUUCUGUCUACAGAAGAACUAGAAUCUUCUAUAACUGCCAUACAAGAAGAGUAUGAAGGUAUUUGCUUGCCAGGAGAUAAGGACUCGAAAGAAGAUGUGGAAUUGGACAUCAAGAUGUUACAAGAAAGGCUCCAUAUGCUGCAGAAGCAGGAAACUAUCCUUAGUGACUUGAAAAGACGGAAUGGGCAAACAAAAGAAGAACUGACACUAGAAAUAUCAAAGCUGAACUCCUCAUACCACCAAUGGAAGGAUGAUGAGAGUGCCGCAGCCGAGGAGUGCCUGUCCCUCGCACAGGAGGUGGAGUCUAUCACAAGUGGUGUGAUAGAUGUGAUAGCUGAUACCCUGGAUGUGUAUAGCAGUUGUCAUUGUGAUAAGGAAAAUGCAAGAAAAUUCUUCACAUUUGGCCCGUUUGAGACUUACAGACAAUCUCAGGCGCUAUUCCGAUCUCACUUUGACCUGUACACCAGUAAGAAGUUUGUUAAGAAAGCAAACGAGACCUCUUCUGACGAGGAACUGAGGUCUGCUUUGGCUGAAGCUAAGAGCAUGGAGGAUAGGUUGACCGACGCAAUGUGCUCGUACAUUGAAUCCAAAGCUGAAUUAUCUGGAGAGCAAGCCAAAGUCGCGCUAGUGGCCAACUAUAAAGACGUACACCCUAGCCAGAUAAUGUCCUGUCUAAUGGAAGCUCAGAGCGCAGUGGAGUUGCUAGAACAGGAGGAGUCCAUCCUUUACCAACAGUUGCACAAUGCAGUCAAACAGUUGGUGGACUCGCGAACCACACUCGCAGUUGAAACUACGGCAUGCUGCGCUUUAGCUGUGAGACAACAAAUCCACGCCGACCUAACCCACCUCCUGGAAACGACCCACCGCGCUGUAUCCCUGGACCGCGUGGUGUACGGCGCGCUGCGGCACGAGCUGCGCGCUGUCGAGGACCUGUUGCAGCUCGCCUCGCAGCUCAGGCAGUAUGUCGUCGCCGAGACCAGUGCUGUUGGUAGUCGCAUUGAUUCAAUGAACGAGAUAUGUUCAGAACAAGAGUCCUGCGAGCUGAAGCUUCAGUCCUCAGAUAUGUUGGUGCAAGCACUACUGCACAUUCUUGGUGCACAGUCGGGUGACGCCGGAGUACUGGUCAAGGUGUACAAUGAGGUGUUACAGCAAGUCAAAGAGCUGAAGGAUAAUGUUGAAGAUGGGUAUAGGAAGAAAGAAAAUGCUGCGGUGGCUGUCAACGAGUCAACAGCAUCGCUCCGUAGCGCGGUAUGGUCGGGCAGCGCCCGGCAGCCGGGGCGCGGGGACCGCGGCGUCGGUACACUGGCACAUACACUGCGACAACACAUGGAACUGGUCGAUAGCAGGGUGCUCGAUGCUAGUAACAUGUUUACUAGUGUUAAGAAUGGCGACAAGCAGAAUCUUCGGAAACUAUGGCAGUGGUUCCUGACGGACCCGGCUAGACUGCUGCACGCCUUGAAGAACGCCAACACAAAGAUUUACUAAUGGAUGAGAAUAUCUAAGGAAAUGUUUAUAACUUAUUCUACUUCGUAAUAUUAUCAAAGGCGCCGGAAUUGUCUAUACAUAUUUGUUACAUUUUUCGCAGAGAGAGCCGCGUCAAAGCAAUGAAAGGUGUAUUAUUAAGUGAUAAAUGAACGACGCACGAUUUUGUUUUUUAUUCAAAAAAAACAUCGACUGCCUAUCCAUCG